AUGUCGAUUGCAAAUCUUACACGCAAUCUGAGGCUUCUGGGCAGAGGAGCUCAUCGGCGACCAAUCCUUGCGGGAGGACACGUCGCCGCACGAUGCAGCAGCACACUGUCACAACGGCCAGGAUCGGAUAGUGUACGGUUCCCCGGUGCCGUUAAUAGCAAAUUCACAACAGAUUUGUCUUUUCUUAAAGCUUCUGAUCUUCCUGCUAUCCCUACGUAUCGAGUAAUCGACUCCGACGGCGAACUGGUUGAUAAAACAAGGCCGGCACCGGAUGUCACAGAUGAGGAGGUCUUGACCUGUGUGAUGGACGUGGUCAUGUUCGAGGCACAACGUCAGGGUCGUCUGAGUUUCUAUAUGGUCUCCGCUGGCGAAGAAGGCAUCACCGUCGGAUCUGCUGCCGCCUUAACCCCAGACGAUGUGGUUUUCGCCCAGUACCGCGAAGCGGGCGUGUUUCAGCAGCGCGGCUUCACACUCAAGAAUUUCAUGAGCCAGCUCUUUGCGAAUGCCAAUGACGCAGGCAAGGGCCGCAACAUGCCGGUGCACUACGGACAGAAUUACCCUCGAAUGCAUACUAUCUCCUCACCACUAGCAACUCAGAUCCCACAAGCAGCCGGUGCAGCUUACGCUCUUAAAAUGCAAGAUAUGCAAAAUCCCACCCGUGAUCCACGUAUCGUGGCCUGCUACUUCGGCGAAGGCGCUGCAAGUGAAGGAGAUUUCCACGCCGCACUCAAUAUGGCCGCUACACGAUCGUGUCCUGUCGUAUUCGUAUGCCGGAAUAACGGAUAUGCGAUUUCAACCCCGACUCUCGAACAAUACCGCGGUGAUGGGAUUGCUAGCCGUGGUGUAGGUUAUGGCAUUGACACAAUCCGGGUGGAUGGUAACGAUGUUUUUGCUGUGAAUGAGGCUAUGAAGGAGGCACGUCGUCUGGCUCUAACUGAUGGUGGACGCCCCGUUCUGGUUGAAGCUAUGAGCUACCGUGUUUCGCACCACAGCACCAGCGAUGAUAGCUUUGCGUACCGUGCGCGCGUUGAGGUCGAAGAUUGGAAGCGCAGGGACAAUCCUAUUAUUCGACUACGCAAGUGGCUGGAAAACCAAGGGCUUUGGAGUGAAGAUCAGGAGAAACAGACCAGAGAUGAGAUGAGAAAGGCUGUACUAAAGGAGUUUGGCGAAGCAGAACGUGAGAAGAAACCUGCGCUACGAGAGGCUUUCAAGGAUGUCUAUGAGGAAGUUACCGAGGAGCAACGUGAGCAGAUGAAAGACCUCAAGCGCAUCUUGGAGACUUAUCCGGAUGAAUACGAUUUGCGGCCUUAUAAGGAUGGAGCGAAUGGGUUGGAUUGA